AUGUGUGCUGAUUAUUGUCAACAAUCCAUUAAUGUCACAUCAAAUCCAUUACAAGUAGUCGCUUUAAAACGGCCAAACUUUGAUCAAGAAUCUUAUCCUCCAGUUCAGCGAUCGUUUUCUUUUUCAGCAAGUCAAUGGGAACAACUCAUCUCUCGUCUUAACUUGAAGGCAUUUUUAGCAUUGGACAAUACGAUCGGAUGUCCUGAUUGUGCUGAUGGUGGAGCAGAAUGGAUUCAAGUUGAUUGGAUAGAUGGAACCAAACAUGUGACAUUUGAUUAUGGACGUACAGUCAAGGGUAUUGAAGAACUGAUGAAACAAUUACGGCAAAUGGGAGAAGAAUAUGUCUCGCAACUUUAA